AUGGUAUCACUGUGUUUCUUAAAACCUUCGAUUUACCUUUCAAGACGAACAUUCUUUACAUCGAGGAUUAAUUAUUCACCGCGUAGUAUCUUUUCAGAUGAUAGUUAUAGACUUCGUACAUUCCUUAAUUAUACUAUGUCAUUUGGUAUAUUCAUGAUUGGUUUUGGAUAUGGUACUGUGCCGUUAUAUCGUUUGUAUUGUACGAAAACAGGUAGCGGGACGAAUGCAAAUUUUGCUAAGGCCAAAACCGAGAAAAUUAGAAGUAUGAAACCAGUAAAGGAUUAUGAAUUAGUUGUGUAUUUCGCUGCUGAUACAUAUUCAAAAAUGGCAUGGAAAUUUAAACCAUUACAAAAAGAGUUGACUGUUGUCCCUGGUGAAACAGCCUUGGCAUUUUAUUCCGCUGAAAACCCAACAGAUAAACCGAUUGUCGGCAUUGCUACUUAUUCUAUUGUUCCAUUUGAAGCAUCAAAAUAUUUUAAUAAAAUACAAUGUUUCUGUUUCGAAGAACAACGUCUCAAUCCACAUGAAAAAGUUGAUCUACCUGUAUUCUUCUAUAUUGAUCCAGAGAUUACAUCAGAUCCACGAUUGAAAUCACUGGACAUGAUAAUAUUGAAUUAUACAUUUUUUGAGGCUAAAAAAUCAAAACUUUAUGUCCCUGGGAUAACAACACCAGAGUAUGCUGAUGUAGAAACACCAACACCAACCACAGACGACAGUACCAACUGCCGACGUUUCUGCAGCGUUAUGAGUAGCACAUUGGGUUCAGGCACGCGAUAUCAUAGAGUUUCUGAAAUAAAAGAAUGUGAAAAUCAAGCGAAAUUUGUCAAUCAACGUAUCAAUGAAAUUGAAGCCUUUUUUGGUGAUUUAUGCUCAGAACUUGUAAAUUAUACAAGACGUACAGCUAAAUUACGUAAUAAUGGUAAGUUUUGAAAUUAAAAUCAGUCAAUCAAUCAAUAAUAUUGAUCUAUUGAAUUUUAGGUGAUGAAAUCUCUCGAAUUAUUUUAGAUUAUUCACUUAAAGAGAAAAUAAGUCGUACAACUUCAGAAGCAUUACAUAAAGUAUCAGAAUAUCUUGCUACAGUGGAAGAUUAUCGACAUACUGAAGUUGAUCGAAUUGUUGGUAAAGUUGUCAAUCCAUUAGCAGCUUAUGGAGAAGAAAUUAAACAUGUCCGUGUAAGUUCAUGACAUUCAUAAAUUAAAGUUGGUCUUAACACGUUUGGAGUCGAGUUCAGUAAUGCUGUAUCCAGUUCAAUUCAGAUCAUUCGAUAAAAAUCUAUGUCAGCUAACUCCAUGACCAUUACUAACUGCAAGAGUUAAAAAACAAUUAGUAAUUGUCUGUGAAAACCGCAUUGAUAAUUGCUUCUUGGACAUUUCUCCUUCCUGACCUAAUAUCUACAAAAUAGCCAUGAUGACAGGGAUGUUUCAGAAUACACCUCUCUUAGUUGAGUCGUAUGGCGUACACCACUGACGAACUCGGCGCCGAAUAAGUGAAACACCUCUCCGGUGUUUAGCUCUUUACGACCUGGUGGUCGGCUUACAAGCACUAUUUAAAUCAAUCAUUAGUAUACAGAGUCAUGUUUGCCACUCAAAUGUGGAAUUAAUUCUUAAUUUUGAUCUAAAGCUUUCUUUUAUCAGGAGAAACGGGAAAGCAGCUUUUCG